CGCCCGCCCGCCCUCCACGUAGUGCUCUUGCUGCUGCUGUCGUCGCUCUUUAGGAUAGCAGAGUGUUGUUCGUCGCGAGCCAAUCCGCGGCCGCGCAGCCCGUCGCCGUCGACGCGGCGGCCGUACACAUUCCAGACGCAGCCUUGCCCGGCCAUGUACCAGGAGCACUACUGCCUGAACGGCGCCACCUGCUUCAAGGUCAACAUCGGCCACAGCCCGCUCUACAACUGCGAGUGUGCAGACGGCUUUAUGGGACAGCGGUGCGAAUUCAAGGACCUGGACGGCUCCUACUCCCAUCUGCGUCGGCCAGGCUCGCGGGACGCCAUCCUGGAGACGGCCAGCAUUGCGGGUGGCGCCGGCGUGGCCCUGCUCGUCUGCGUGCUGCUCACCGGGCUGCUCUACGUGUGGAGCAAGCGGCGCAGGAAAUCCCAGGCCUCCGCCAGUCAGCUGGCGCCCCGGUUCAGCCUGCGGCAAGCCUCGCACGUGGUGCAGAUCGACCGUGGCGCCGCGCCGCCGGCUAAUCAGCAGCCGACCGCCGGUGACGUCAUCGAGCUGCAACCCGCCGAUAGGUGGGCGCCGUCGGCCGCCCCGCCUUCGCCACCAGAGGAGCAGCGAACGACAACCCCGGUGCCGGCGGCAGGCUCGUCACCCGGCCCCGGGCCGCCGGCCGAGCCGCAGAGCCAGCCCUGCGAGCCGCCUCCCCAGCCGCGGUCGCCAUGGCAACGGCCGCCAGCCGGCCGCCAGUGUGAGCUAGUCGGUGAACAAUCAGUGGAAGGACGCCCCGUGUCAUAAUUAUUAUACAAGGUGUUGAUGGAUUCAAGUUUACGUUUUUGUAAAUACGACGUGUAUAAACGUGUACGUGUAUGGAGUGACUAUUUAUUGCUGGAGGGCGGCUGCGGCUGGCCGUUGCGUUCUGGCGGGCGGCGGCCGUGCGCGCACGGCGUGGCUCGUGCGCGCAGCGACUUUUUAGCAUUUUCUCUUCGAGUGUGAUCUCGGCGCCGGACGUAGCGCCGCUCUGGCGGGGUUUUAGCGCAACGAUAGUUCUGUUAUCGGCCGCGCGAUGGCGCGGGGACUGCACGGCCGCGGCGCCCGUCGACUCUGUCUCCAUUUUCGAUUUUAGUUCCGUCUGCAGUUGGAUUGACGUUGGCGUGUUGCUCUGUUCUGUUUUGUUGGUGCAAUCUUGUCCAAACGCCCGCUAACUUGGCCCUGGUGGCUUCUGUUGACGUUUUAACGGUGACUUCGUCCCGCCCCUCCAACCCCCCGCGCGACCCAAGCCAGGGGGCUAGAGAGCCAUGCUGACAUGCUCGGUGGCCUCGGGUGCCUCCUGGUCUGGUCACCAGGUGAAUUAUCGCCGGCCCCGGCCUCGUGCGCGUGCGCGGAGCUCGCUCCUUUUAUCCCAGCGUGUGAUUGGAGCGACGGUUCCGCGACUGGCCACUGAUUGGCGCAGCGGUUCUGACGCGGCUGCUGAUUGGCCCGCGCCUCGGAGGCUGUGUCCCUAUUGGCCGAGCCGUGUUCCUCGCUGUUGUCUCAGACACUCCUCGCGUUGUUUGUAUAGGUUGAGUGGUCGUGUCGGAUAAAGUUCCUGGUAUCAGAAUUAGCAUAUGAUAUAGCACUCACAGAGAUUAAAUGUGUAUAUAAAUAAACGACUUUGCAAUG